AUUCAAACUAAUCAGGAAAAUCACAUAACAGUUUCUUUAUAAAGUGUACCACCUUCUUAUCAUGUGUGUAGAGGACAAGAUACUUCUGUUGCAAGGUCAUGUGCAGCUUAUAGCGUGAAGCAGAUUACUUCUCAAGGCGCCAUGAACAACAUUAAUUCCACUGGACAGAAUGUCGAGCCAGACAAGAAAGGGGGUGGAGAAGGGAACAAAUUGACAUAUGGCUUUGGACUGGUGGCUCUGCUGGGCUUGGCAUUCUAUAGGUGGUGUUGGCAAAGAGACACUCAGAGGCAGAAACAGGAGGUUGAAUCCAACUAUAAAGAGGAGUUGAAGAUUGUCUUCAAGGAGCUGGAAAAGGAGCAAAGAGAAAAGUCCAAGUUAUUCCUGAACAUGGUCGAAAAUGAUCUAAUGGAAAGGCAGCAUUUCUACUGCAGCCACUUUACUUCUAGAAAGCGCUGUUUUGAGAUCGAGAGGAAGCUGCUCGACAGGGUGGCCAGGGAACCUCUGGCCAAAGGGCUGGACAUGGAGGCCGACCUUAAGAAAAUUUUUGAAAAAGAUCAGCAUUGUGCCAACUGGUUGAACAAGGACAAGAGUAAAAAUGGCAGGAUGAUGUGGGAAUACUUCAUGUCCUGGCAGCGACAGAUCUCACAGCAGCAACACAAGAAGGCAACUGCAGCUCCAGUGAAACAACAGUCUGACCUGAAGUGACCAUUUAGAAGGAGAAGUGCAUUUGUUUCUUCACAUAACAUUGAAUUAGGGUAUUUCUGGAUCAAAUAUAAAACAUCACUAGGCAAUUGUUUAUUUAGUUUCUUUUUGGUGUUUUUUGGGGGUCACUUGGGAGUAUGGGAGGGGCCGGUAUGAAUACCAGCCCUAAACACAGAAUUUGUGUGUUUUUGUUACUGUAUAAUGGUGUUCAAUACCAAAAUUCGCAAAAACAAAAAAAAUAAAAUAAAAAUUGCUGGACAAGGUACUGGUUUCUAUAUGCGUUCUUUAUCUAAUUUUAAGUACAGCCUUUCCCAUAAAAGCCUGUAUUUGGAGGUCACUGGAAUUGUAAAGACACACAUUUGAUGUACCAUAUCAAUAAAUGAAUAAAGUUACAAUACAGAAACACUAA